UUAAGGUUAUAUUAUCCUUCUGACCUGCUUGCCUUCUCUCUCCCACAAUCGCCAUUACCAACAACCACAAAUCGUUGGAGUUUGUGGUAAACUCAGGAUUAUAUUUCUACCACAUUUUUCUUCGAUUCUACUUGUCUCGGCCUAGAUCUGCUAUAAACCCCAAAAAAAGGUGCUCUUCUAAGCCAAUUAUACUUUUACUGUCGACUCUUACUUGACACUAUUGUCCCAAAAUUCUGGAUCUACCUUUUCAACCCAAAGUCCAGGUCUAGAUUCAUGAAGCAAGAAUCAGUUUUUUUUUUAAUAUAGGGUGGCGGAAUUCAUGGAAGACGACAAGGGGUCUUCCUCCGCCGCACAGGGCGGAAUGACGAUUCUAGAAUGCGCGAAAUAUAUCCAGAAAAGUUUCAGAAAUCCAACGGUGAAAUUUCUGAUGGAGAAAUUGGAGGAAUCUGGAUGCGGCAUCGAAAAGAAUUUCAUAAAGGCCACCCAUUGCGUGGAGGAUUGCUCCGGUGGAUUCACCAGGGGAUCUGGGAUUGUAGUGUGCCAUAAUCACUUGCAAUUUCAAGAUCAAGUGGAGCAAGUGAUGAUUCACGAGCUCAUUCACGCUUACGAUGACUGUCGUAGUGCUAAUCUUGACUGGGACAACUGCGCUCAUCAUGCCUGCAGUGAGAUUCGAGCUAGUCAUCUGAGUGGAAACUGCCAUUAUAAAUAUGAGCUUCUCCGUGGUUAUGUAAAGAUGAGGGGUCAUGAGCCUGAAUGUGUGAAGCGAAGAGCGAUGCAGUCGGUAACUGCAAACCCAAACUGCUCCGAAGUAGCAGCAAAGGAGGCAAUUGAAGCUGUGUGGAGUACUUGUUAUAACGACACAAAACCCUUCGAUAGAGCUCCUUGACAUGAAUGUCGCUUGAUGAUUUCUCACUUAUCCUCGUCGGAAAUUAUAAUGUUUUUCUUGCUUUCAGCAUCAUUGAUGAUGUAAAGUUCUUGGUGUACUAUGUGAUAAUAAAAAUUACAUGCUAAAGGAGUAUGUUAAUUGCCAAAACUCAUAAAUUGUUGACAUUA